ACUCGUCACACACCAACUGAACUUCAAGUUCUAGCCAGUACAACAUCAACCUCCAUCAUCACCACACGGAAUUUUUUGUCAGUUCUUCAGGUCCACUGUUUUCCGGUUGUUUGAUCACCGAUAAUUCCAUUGUGAAAUAUUUGCUGUGAUUUUGAACUUACAACAUUUCGUAUUCAUAUUUAUCAUCAAGCAAUUAGUAUUGAAGAAAAUAUGAGUAGAAAGAGAAAACAGUUUGUGGUUAAAGUGAUAAAAUUCCUGUGAUUCAAUCUAACAAAUAAUAGAGACAAUUGUUAACAAAAGAUGAUCGCAUCGUUCAAACACAUCUUCACUCUAGUGGACAUUGUUCUAGUGGUGAUUUCUGUGGUCAGUGGACAAGUAAAUUCUCCCUGUCCCAACCUCUUCCAGUACCAACAUAAUGGAUAUGAAGCAGAAGGCGCCCUUGAAGUACCUGGACCACCACUUGGUGGAAAACUUGAGCUUCAUAUCUUCCUCACUGUUCCUGUCCAGUUGCCAUCGAGCUACGUGGGAACUUUAGAGCUUCGUGACUCUCAAGAAGCAACACUGCAACGUCUGCAAAGUGGACAAACUGUUCGUUAUCGCGUGAAAUUCCCUUUACCUAAUCCUGUGCCACGCCUUGUAAAGAUCACAUACAACGGAAACGUAAUUUGUCAGGGUGAACAAGCGAAAUUCCCAUCACGAGGAUCGUAUUUGACUAACAUUCGACUGCAUCAUGUACUCACCACAAGGCUAUCCAAUUCGCCCUUUCAGGAUGUGGAUGAGUAUCCAAAUAGUGCACCUUUUUUGCCUCAGAAUAAUUAUUACGGCAACAAUAGCACUAAUCCCUUUUUUGACCAAAGCAACAAUUACAACCCAUAUGGUGGAAGCAAUAAUUUCAUCCCUCAAGCUCCAACACAUGCUCCUGCUUUUCCUUCAUACCAGGAACCUCAAACACCAACUCCCUUUUAUCCUCCCUACCAAGAGCCACAAACACCACCUCCUCCACCACCAUCACGUCCCACAAAUCCUAGACCUUCGAAUCCCUUUUUCUCUCCAGGAAUUAAUCCUCAAAUAACUUCCAAUCGGAACCAAGAAAACACUGUUCAAGUGUGUGGCAAGAUUGAGAGUAGAUUCUCAAUUACUCCUCUCAUUUUUGGCGGUGAGGAAUUUCCCAAAGGAUCUUGGCCCUGGCUUGUAGCCGUUCAUGUAUACAAGGGAGCUCAAUUUUCCUUCGUUUGUGGCGGUACGCUUGUGUCACAGGACGUUAUUGUCAGUGCAGCUCACUGUUUCACUGAUGGCAGAGGGGGUGGCUACCAAGCCGCCGAUGUUAUUGUGUUUGUGGGAAAACACGAUCUCAGGAAACUCAAAGAAGAUGGAGCGACAAUUUCCGAGGUUAAUUCUCUAAAUAUCCAUCCUGAGUUCCUGAAAGAUCCUCGAGGAUCUUUUGAUGCGGACAUUGCCGUUCUUAUACUCAGAGAGAGUGUGGAGUACAGUGCCUAUAUUCGACCUGUUUGUCUCUGGAGUCUGCCCACGGAUGAGGAAUAUUUCGUGGGAAAGACUGGAGUUGUCGUGGGUUGGGGACGCGAUGAGAAAGGCAAUCUUGUGACAUACCUGCCAAAGCGAACUCAAGUUCCUCUCGUCUCAACGCAGGAAUGCAUCAAUUCUCGCGAGGACUUUAGCACACUCACGUCCUCACGUACCCUCUGCGGAGGCUGGAGAGAUGGUAUCAAUGGACCCUGCACAGGAGACUCUGGCGGAGGUCUAAUCAUGUACGAAAAUGGCAGAUGGCAACUACGGGGAAUAAUUUCCAUUGCUAUCAAACAUCCCGUAUCAGGAGUCUGUGAUCUCCGGGAAUACGUGGUGUUUACGGAUGCAGCUAAAUUCACCAACUGGAUACGAUCAUUCAUGACGCGGUAGCCAAAGUUCCAAGUUAAACUCAGUUAAGACAAUGAUAAAUGCUUGCCAUUGCUUGAGAAAGGCAUUUUUUUUCUGAGUGACUCUCUUUAGUUAAUACUCAGGUGCUAUUUAGGGAAGCCGACUUGUAUUUUUUUUUUAAAGAUAUAACUCUGUAUAUUGCAAAAUUCUCUAACGACUGUAGGACAUUAAAUGCUCUUUUGUUAAAAAAAA